CCAACCAGCCACACCUCCAAUCAAUCCAAUACUCGAUUAUCCAUCCAUCUUCAAUCCCCCAAAUCCGCCAUUGUUGCUCUGCUUCCAACCUGUAACCAAAUCAAACAAUGGAGAACAAAGAGGAGGACGUGCGAGUCGGCGCCAACCGGUUCACCGAGCGGCAGCCGAUCGGCACGGCGGCGCAGACUCAGGACAAGGACUACAAAGAGCCGCCGCCGGCGCCGCUCUUCGAGGCGGAGGAGCUGGCGUCCUGGUCCUUCUACCGCGCCGGAAUCGCCGAGUUCGUCGCCACCUUCCUCUUCCUCUACGUCACCGUCCUGACAGUGAUCGGCGUCAGCAAGUCGGACUCCAAAUGCUCCACCGUCGGCAUCCAGGGCAUCGCCUGGGCCUUCGGCGGCAUGAUCUUCGCCCUCGUCUACUGCACCGCCGGCAUCUCCGGCGGCCACAUCAACCCGGCGGUGACCUUCGGCCUCUUCCUGGCCCGCAAGCUGUCGCUGACGCGGGCGGUGUUCUACAUGGUGAUGCAGUGUCUCGGCGCCAUCUGCGGCGCCGGCGUCGUGAAGGGGUUCGGGAAGACGCUGUAUAUGAGCAACGGUGGGGGGGCCAACUCGGUGGCGCACGGCUACACCAAGGGGGACGGCCUGGGGGCCGAGAUCGUCGGAACUUUCGUGCUCGUCUACACCGUCUUCUCCGCCACCGACGCCAAGCGGAGCGCACGCGACUCGCACGUGCCGAUAUUGGCGCCUUUGCCGAUCGGGUUCGCGGUGUUCCUGGUGCAUUUGGCGACGAUUCCGAUAACGGGUACGGGUAUAAACCCGGCCCGUAGCCUCGGGGCGGCUAUUAUCUACAACAAGAGCCACGCCUGGCAUGAUCACUGGAUAUUCUGGGUUGGGCCAUUCAUUGGAGCAGCACUGGCAGCACUGUACCACCAGGUUGUGAUCAGGGCUAUUCCAUUCAAGUCUUCAUGAGGAAUCCUCAUUCAACAAUUAAUGGAGUAAUUAAUAAGACCAAAGAAGAAGAUUAUGAAACACAAACAAACAGACAUUGGCUGGCUCACACCAUUUUCUCAAGUUGUUAUUGUUAUUUUCAAGCUGCUGUGUGUUUAUGAAGCAUGUGUUGUGUGUAUGUUAUGUAUGUAUGUAUGUGAGUGCAUUUGGGCAACAAGAAUGUACCAUGUAACAUGUCCAUGUAUGGCUUCUUUUUCAUCUCUUAGCUUUUAAAAUGAAUGAAAAAGCAGCCACAAAUAUUUCACA